UCAGGCGGAGGGGUUCGUCGCCUUCGUUAUGUAUGUUGAAUGACAGUAGUCAUGGCACCAGAUGGAGCUAUUAUCGCGUCGUGGUUGCUGAUCGUAGAGAGACAUUAAAGAAUUGGAACAAGACAGUAGAAUUAGUACGCUCGCGACCCGCAGUGAUGUUAACCCGUACAGGAGACCUCGCGUUAGCAAUGUUCGUACAUACGUAGUGUCACGAUCCAAGAUGAUGAGUUUGAUGAAUUAUUAUGAUAUACUUGGUUGUACCAAGGAAUCGACAGCCGAAGAUAUAAAACGUGCAUAUCACGCGUUAGCUCUCAAGUUUCAUCCGGACAAAAAUACGUCCGAAUCCGAUAGUAACAAGCUUCAACGUGUUCUGGAAGCCUGGCACACUUUGCGUGACCCGAAAUCGAGAGAGGAGUACGAUGCUGUACAAAGGCAAGAGGAAUUGGAUCUGGAGAAUGUUUUGAUAUAUGCGAAAAUAUCGAUUAACGAAAUGGAAGAGAUGGACGGUAACAAAGAUAUGUUGGCUUAUCCAUGCAGAUGCGGAGGAUCGUAUUGUAUAGAGAAGCAACACACGUGGGAGAAAAAUCAGUCGAUACACGUUCCUUGUUUGGAAUGUACCUUCCUCGUUGUCAUUGAAACGUGACACUUGUUAUGCAGAGAUUGCGGAGGCACAAGACGAAGAACAUGUGAUUUUUUAAAAUGCAGCAACAUUUUCUAUUUCUUAUAAAAAAUGAUACAACAGAUAACACAUCAUUACAAAUAUAAACUAUUGAGCAAUAUACAAAUAAAAACACGAUUCUUAAAAUAUCCUAGGUUCAAUAAUAAAAAUUGCAUUUACACGAACCGUGUAUUACGUCGAAAAUUGAUUUUACAAGAUUUAUUGUCGAUCGGGAUUAACUUCUCUAUAGCUUAUGUAAUUUCUAUGACAAAGUUUGCGUAAAAAAACUAAUUCACUAUAAAAAUCUAGAACUUUGUAACUUAUUAUGAAUUUGCUUAGUAUCUCUAGUUUCGGAUAAAUGUGUAAUUUAUUGCGUAUAAUUUUCUUUUGUUUAUGUUUAUUCUUGCAUGAUAACUGAUUUCAUGUCGUCCAGUUGAUUCGUGCUUAUUGCACAGGAUAAACUUGCAACUCUUAUUAUUGCACCAUGGCAAAACCAGACUUGUUACUAAUGUAAAAAUUAAAGUAUUUCGUUUAAAAAACGUAGACAAUCCAAUUAAAUUAGUAUCACGAA